CUGUCUAGGAGUUGCUGGCUCUCUGCCUGAUUCCCGAGAAGGGCAUCUUCUUGUACUUGCUUUCUGGUGUCCUUCGAAUCAAGGCCAGAAUCUGACCUCCUAGAGACCCCGCAGAAUAUUUCUUUGCCAAAGACUUCCUCUUGAACCAGCCCAGAGCCAGGCUUUAUGUGAUGCAAAAAGGGGUUACUGGAAAAUCUCAAAAGGCGCCCUGCUUAGCCUUAAGCCGCUUCGGGUCUCUUUUUGGUACAUCUGCCGUCACCUGCGGCGCCGCUACAGACUCCUCCACUUUCCCCUUUGGUGACUUGGCAGCAGGUGGCAGAGGCGGUGCCUAGCUUGCCAGGGGCGGGGGGCGCCUGGCUCUGUCUGGCGGUACAGCGCCCCGGCUUCUCAGCGGCGGGUGUCUUGGCCCCCCCCCACCCGCGUAGCCCUGCCACCCAGCGCGGCACAGCGCCCCCGGCGCCCCCCGCCGGCCUCCGCCCGCACCUGCAGCGGCUCCGCGCGCCCUGCCCGCCGCCGCCACCGCCUCCAGCUCUCAGCGCCUUGGCCGCCCAGGACAGAGUGGCUGUGCGCUCCGGUGCCAAACCCAUCGUCAGACGCCCGUGGGCCAGUGGACUCUAAGAGUGUCGCUCCCGCACCCAGCGUCCCCCAGAAUGAACGUGAGGAGAGUGGAAAGCAUCUCGGCUCAGCUGGAGGAGGCCAGCUCCACAGGCGGUUUCCUCUACGCCCAGAACAACACCAAGCGCAGCAUUAAAGAGCGGCUCAUGAAGCUCUUGCCCUGCUCAGCUGCCAAAACGUCGUCUCCUGCUAUUCAAAGCAACGUGGAAGAUGAACUGGAGAUGGCCACGGUCAGGCAUCGGCCUGAAGCCCUGGAGCUGCUGGAAGCCCAGAGCAAAUUCACCAAGAAAGAGAUUCAGAUUCUUUACAGAGGAUUCAAGAAUGAAUGCCCCAGUGGUGUUGUUAAUGAAGAAACCUUCAAGGAGAUUUACUCUCAGUUCUUUCCACAGGGAGAUUCCACAACAUAUGCGCAUUUUCUGUUCAAUGCAUUUGAUACGGACCACAAUGGAGCUGUGAGCUUUGAGGAUUUCAUCAAAGGUCUUUCCAUUUUGCUUCGAGGGACAGUACAAGAAAAACUCAACUGGGCAUUUAAUUUGUAUGACAUAAACAAAGAUGGCUACAUCACUAAAGAAGAAAUGCUGGACAUCAUGAAAGCAAUAUAUGACAUGAUGGGAAAAUGCACAUAUCCUGUCCUUAAAGAAGAUGCUCCCCGACAGCAUGUGGAGACCUUUUUCCAGAAGAUGGACAAAAAUAAAGAUGGUGUCGUUACCAUAGAUGAGUUCAUUGAAAGUUGCCAGAAGGAUGAAAACAUAAUGCGCUCCAUGCAGCUCUUCGAAAACGUCAUCUAACAUGUCAGCACAUCCUCGACUGAAGAGGCAAAUGUGAACUACUCUACACACUUACAAGACGGAGCUACCACUUCUAGCAUAGAUUGCUCAGCUUUACACUGAGGCACAUUAUGCAAUCAGCUUUGUUUUAAUAUAACCCCCCCCCAAAAAAAAAAAAAGAUUUAGGUUUCCCACUUACAAAUCUGCAUCUUUUCCACAACAUCACUGGGGUCAUGAAAUGUGCUAACUUGUUUCAUACUCUGAGAAUAUUCAAAAGGCACAGAGUCUGGAAGAGCUUUGAUCCUUAGCCAGGUAUUAUUGAGGCUUUCACAGAGCAGUGAUUUUAAAAAACAAUGGGUUUUUCACUCAUUUGUAUAUAUUCAGUCCUGCAUUUAAAAUGGUUUUCUAAAAUAUUUACAUCUGCAUUUAACUUCCAGAAAGCUAAUAAACUUUAUUUUAACUAGAUUCAUAUAACACUGACAAAAGAAACAAAGAUUACUACAAAUAAAAAAGGCCAAAACCACAGUCUUAAUUUCUAUGGUUUGUCCACUUGCUGUUAAAGACAUUAAUGUAUUCGGCAUUUUUUAAGCACAUUUAAAAAUUAGUUUAUUAUCAGAUGUUAGCAUAUACCUAAUGAGAUUAUUUUAGUAUUUAUUAAUUUUCCAUAUUUAAGCCAAGACUCUACAUAAUCCAUGUAACUUUGGACCUGUUCGAUCUUACCUGUAGACUGUUUUGUAUUGUGUCAUAUAGUAGAGAUUCAAAGUGUUAGAAAAACCAAGGAUGUUUACAGACUUGCAAAGGGACCGGAUGUCUGUCCUGCAAAACCUAGCGAUGCUUACUAACAAGUAACCCUAACAGCAGUAAAGGGCAAUUCUAGCCGCCCCCCAAACCCUAAUGUUCUCACAGCAUGUUUAUCAUAAGCCAUUCAGGGACAGAGAAUCCUGCCCAAAGCCUACCAGGAAUGAAGAUCAAUCAAAAUAAUCUUUGAAAACACCAGUGAUUCUAUCAUAUUGGAAAUUUUACAUAAGAUUAUAUAGAAAAUAAAUGCAAACACUGGACAUAAUCUGAAUUGCAUUAUGAUUUUACUUAUCAUAUAAUUCAAAGGAUUCACAUUCCUUUUAAUGAUUGUAAGCCAAAACUGUAGAGUUCCCACAACAGUACUAUAGAUACUCACAUCUUCCCUGUUUCGUAGAAAUAUCACAAGAACCAAGAGGAUAUGGGAGGAGAGAAUUUGCAACUGUCUGCAAUAAAUCAGGUAUCUAUUCUGGUGUAGAGAUAGGAUGUUGAAAGCUGCCCUGCUAUCACCAGUGUAGGAAUUAAGAGUAGUACAGUACAUGUACACUGAAAUCUGCCAUCGCGUGUUUGUGUAAACUCAAUGUGCACAUUUUGUAUCUCAAAAAGGAAAAAUAAAAGCAAAAUAAAGUGUUUAUUACUCUA